AUUAUGUGUCUUGUAGGUGUUUUCUGCAGAUAUAGUGUCAGUCUGCCAGAGAAGAUUGAAGCUCUCCGUGGAUCCUGUGUGAUCAUAAAGUGCACUUUUGAGAUUGAGGACAAAUAUGACCGAGACCUCACUGAGAACGCUACUACAGGACUGUGGCUCAAAGAUGGAACUGAAGAGGAUCCACAUCAAGUGUUUAACUCCAGAGAUCACAAACCUGAUAACUUUAAUGGGAAAAUAACUGGAAAACUACAUGAGAAGAACUGCACCACUGUCUUUUAUAAUGUUAGCUCAAAUCACAAUGGUAAAUAUUACUUCAGGAUUAAGAGUGAAUAUCUGAAAUACACCUACAAACAAUCCUUCUCCACUAUAGAUGUUAUCGAGUCUCCUCCCAAACCCAGAGUGCAGCUGUAUGUGGCGCAGGAUCAGGAGGAGGUGUUGGAGGGGAGCUCUGUGAGUCUGCGCUGCUCUGCUGAGACUCUCUGCUCCUCUCCUCCAGCAACUCUCACAUGGAGCUCCACUCCCAGAAUCCCCCUCAGUGAGAGCAGCAGACUACAGGAGCUCAUCUCUGAUCUGAACUUCACUGCUACUCACCGUGAGCAUGGAGUCACUUUCACCUGCACUAUAACCUACCAGCUACAGGACAAGAACAAAACAGCACAGGACAGCAUCACAGUACAUGUUCAGUAUUCCCCUAAAAAUACAUCAGUGUCUGUGGUUCCCUCCAGCUCUGUGUUGGAGGGCAGUUCGGUGACUCUGAUCUGCAGCAGUGAUGCAAAUCCAGCUGUGAACUACACCUGGUCCAGAGAGAGUGAAGGACAGCUGGAGCAGCUGCAGACUGGAGACACUCUUACCUUCAACAGGACCGACCCGACACACAGAGGCUGGUACCACUGUACAGCUCAGAACCAACAUGGUGCCCAAAACUCAUCAGUGAAGCUGGACAUUCAGUAUGCCCCAAAGACCAUAUCAGUUUCAGUGAUUCCCUCCAGCUCUGUGUUGGAGGGCAGUUCGGUGACUCUGAUCUGCAGCAGUGAUGCAAAUCCAGCCGUGAACUACACCUGGUCCAGAGAGAGUGAAGGACAGCUGGAGCAGCUACAGACUGGAGACACUCUUACCUUCAACAGGACCGACCCGACACACAGAGGCUGGUACCACUGUACAGCUCAGAACCAACAUGGUGCCCAAAACUCAUCAGUGAAGCUGGACAUUCAGUACGCCCCAAAAAACAUGUCAGCUUUAGCGAUUCCCUCCAGCUCUGUGUUGGAGGGCAGUUCAGUGACUCUGAUCUGCAGCAGUGAUGCAAAUCCAGCCGUGAACUACACCUGGUCCAGAGAGAGUGAAGGACAGUUGGAGCAGCUGCAGCCUGAACAAAAUCUUACCUUCAACAGGACCGACCCGACACACAGAGGCUGGUACCACUGUACAGCUCAGAACCAACAUGGUGCCCAAAACUCAUCAGUGAAGCUGGACAUUCAGUAUGCCCCUAAAAUCUCUUCAUCCUCCAGCUGUAACAGAACUAAUGUAACUGUGUGUUUCUGUGAGGCUGAUGGGAAUCCCUCUCCUGAACUGGAGUGGCAUCUGUCUGGACGUCCUGUCACUAACUCUUCAAACACGUUCAUCAGUGAAGAGCGAUUGAGCAGCACAGGCUUGAGGAGCUCCAUCACUCUACAUCAGUCUCUCACAAACACAUCCACUCUGCAGUGUGUCAGUAACAACAUUCGAGGCACUGCAAGUCAACUGUUUCAUUUGCUUCAUGUCACUCUUCAGAAGUCAGGUUUCCAUCAUUUCUCUUUUUUGGUUGGAGCAGCUGGUGGGGCUACUGUGAUGAUGAUCUUAUGUGGCAUUUUACUUAUCCGUGCAAGAAGAGAAAGCAACACAAGACUAGAUGGUGACCCUGGACUCAUGCUGACUGACUGGGAGGAUGAGAGUGGUCCUGUUUAUGCCAAUAGCACUAUGCUGUCACCAAAUGGAGCUUCCACCCAGAAUCAUAAAAGAGAACCCCUCCAUUAUGCCACCAUUGACUUCACAAACAUCCAACCGGAGUCAGAAGAGAUCAGGGGCGUCUCCUCGCUGACAACGGAGUACGCUGUGGUCCGAUGUUAUCCUGGUGGAGUAUCAGAGGCAGAGAGCUCAAUAGGAGGUGAUCGGCCCAACAGCAGUAUCUCAGCUGUAAUGAAGUCUGAGGAAAAUCAAACCAUACUAGAGCAGGAGGCAGAUAUUGGAGUAGUGUUCUCCCAGCCAUCAGAAGAUAACACGUAUGAAAGUAUCACCACUUGAGCUAGAAUUGCUCACACAAUCAGUGUUUUCCCAUGUAAUUACAAAGAAUAUUGACUGGAGCUUUAAAGCUUGAAACAGAAGCUAAAGGAGCCAUAAAAGUAAAAAUGUCAUACAACUUAUGGGUUAUAUAUAUAUAUAUAUAUACGCGCACACACACAUCAGGUAAAAUAAGUAUUAAACACGUCACCAUUUUUCCCAGUAAAUAUAUUUCUAAAGGUGCUGUUGACAUGAAAUUUUCACAAGAUGUCAGUAACAACCCAAGUAAUCCAUACAUACAAAUAAAACAAAACAAAUAAGUUCAGAAAUUAAGUUAUGUAGAUCAUGUGACCCUUCAACAGUGAUGCACGCGGAGUCCUUCGCUCUGC